UUUAAAUUCCAUACUUCCAUAGACCGUAAUCGCUUUUCGCAUUGCACAAUAAAAAGUUUAGGUUAAUCAUAUUAUUGGUUAACUAAGAAUUUAAGAAAGCAAGCUGAUUAUUUUUAAUCAUGGCUCAAAGUAAAUUAAAUGAUAUGGCUGGAAAGUUUGCGAAGGGAGGACCACCUGGACUCGGCAUCGGAUUGAAGGUGGCAGCGGUUCUUGGAGCGGCAGCGUACGGUGCUUCGCAAUCGUUGUUUACGGUUGAAGGUGGUCAUCGUGCGAUAAUGUUCAACCGAAUAGGAGGAAUACAAAGUCACGUGAUGGCCGAAGGUUUACACUUUCGCAUUCCUUGGUUCCAAUACCCUAUCAUUUAUGAUAUAAGGUCCAGACCCAGAAAAAUUUCCUCGCCAACCGGUUCAAAAGAUUUGCAAAUGGUAAAUAUUUCUCUACGAGUUCUAUCCCGCCCUGAUGCUAAUAGCCUGCCAUUCAUGUAUAGACAAUUAGGUAUUGAUUAUGAUGAAAAAGUACUACCAUCCAUUUGCAAUGAGGUUUUGAAAUCAGUUGUUGCUAAAUUUAAUGCUUCACAAUUGAUCACCCAACGUCAGCAGGUCUCCUUGCUCAUAAGAAAAGAACUGGUUGAGAGAGCUGCCGACUUUAAUAUAAUUUUAGAUGAUGUUUCUUUAACUGAACUUAGUUUUGGUAAAGAGUAUACUGCAGCAGUUGAAGCUAAGCAAGUUGCACAGCAAGAAGCUCAAAGAGCAGCUUUUGUUGUUGAAAGAGCUAAACAAGAGCGUCAACAGAAGAUUGUACAAGCAGAGGGAGAGGCAGAAGCUGCAGAGAUGUUGGGAAAAGCUAUGGGUAUGAAUCCAGGGUAUCUCAAAUUACGUAAGAUCAGAGCAGCCCAGAGUAUUUCCAGAAUGCUUGCUCAAUCACAGAACAGGGUAUACCUGCAAGGCAAUAGCUUAAUGAUCAAUCUUCAAGAUCCUUCCUUUGAUGAUUUAUCAGAGAAAUUGACCAAAAAGAAGUAACAUGAGGAAAAGAAAGAGUAUGCAAUAGAGCUGGAAACAGAGCCUACUCUUUCUGAUAUUGAAACCACUGUCCUUUUAACUGGAGCUUCUUCUGUUUCGGUUUAGUAAUUAAACAGUGUAUUUUUGCAUUUGACUGUUAAGGGUUUAAAUUUUUCUGCAUUUUAAUUAGCUGUAGAUAUAGAAAGUAUUGUUAUGCAAAUUAUUAUCCUAUAAUAAUAAAACACUAAAAAUGUA